AUGAUUAAAGCAAGCUCUAAUUCAACAGAAUCAAUGUGUUCAAUAGUUUUAGAACAAAAUUUAUUAAAUAAUCAAAACAUUGUAGGCAAUAAUAAUGAAGAAAAAAUUAAGGUAAAUAAUGAUAAUUGUACCUCAUCACCUGAUAAUCCAGAAACUAUAGAUCUUUCACCCGAAGAAACAUCUGUUAUUGAUAUGGAGAUUGAUUCUGAAGAAGAAUUUGAGAGACAAAAUUCAGAAAAAAUAGAUCCUUUUGUUACUAUAACAUUCCGGGAUCAACCCGCAGAAAAAUUACUUAAAUCAUCAUUAAUUAAAUUUUUAUCCCAAAAAGUAGAAGAAUGUUCAUUUGUCACAAAUAAAGAAAAUAGUUUAGAACUUAAAGUAUAUGAAAAAAAAGCUGUAAAGUUAUUAAAAAAUGAUAUAUUGAGCUUUGAUUUAGAUACAACUCCAACUCAUGGUAAAUAUUGUGAGGUUCCAAAAUAUGGUAAAAAUAACAAUUUUGGUUUAUAUGGGAAAAAUUUAAAUUCUGAUGAUAAUGAAAAAAACUUAAAUGCUCCCAAAGUGGCUUGCUUUAAUUGCUUAGGAAAACAUCCUUUAAAGGAUUGUGUAGAAGUUAAGGAUUUUCGUACAAUUAAUAAAAAUCGUUUAGAGUUUUUAAAUAAAGCCAAAGCUAACAAAGCUGCUAAUCCUAAGCCCAGUCGUUAUCACUUAGAUUCGGUUCAAAAAUAUAGUGGAAUAGUGCCUGGAGUAUUUAGUAAAAAAUUGAGAGCUGCUCUUAAUUUACAUAGGGAUCAACAACCUUGUUUUAUUUAUCGAAUGAGACUCUUAGGUUAUCCUCCUGCUUGGCUUGAAGAAGCCAAAGUUUCACAUUCUGGUGUUGCUAUGUAUGAUAAUACAGGUGUUCCAACCUUAGAUGAUGAUGAAGAAGAUGAAGAAGAAGGAGAGAUUUUAUCUGAAAGGUGUAGAGAUAAAUUUGACAUAAGCAAAAUAAUCGAGUUUCCAGGGUUCAAUGUUCCACUCCCUAAUAAUUUUAUAGAUGAAGCAAAAUUAUAUGGUUGUCCAGACAUAUCAGAAGAACAAAGUAAACAAAAUCUAAUUAAAAUGCUUGAGCCGAAUACAGUGCAAGCAUAUGUUAAAAAAACUCUAAACACAUCUAAACCUGAUGAGCAAAUAAAAAAAACUGCGAAAAGACUUCUUUCACCUACGAUUGAAGAAAUGGAAGAAAAAAAAAGACAAUUGUUAAUGGAAUUAGAUGAUGAAGAUUUAGCAUCACCCAUAAAAACAAACAUGGAAGAAACAAUGACAAUGACGACAACAACAACAACAAUAAGUUAUCAAAUAGAAUCGAAAAUGGAUAAAAAUAACGAACCAGGAAGUGUUAAAAACAUUGAAUUUGGUACACCCAUAUUAAAAAGUGUAUCGCCAUUUUCUAAACUUCCUUCUCGUGAACUUUUUUCAGUUAAUGUUAGUGACAUAAUUAAUUUUGAAAAUCUCCCAAAUUCAACGGGUAAAUAUGAAAAUAUAAGGCACGUUAUAUCAAAAAUCAGAAAAGUGGCAUCGAAAAGAAAAACUAAAUAA